CAUUAAAUUCCUGGUUUCCUUGUAGACAGCCGAAUCAGAAGUUCAGGAAGGAAACUAUGAUAACAGUAAGAUGGCAGAAGACCUGAAAAAGGAUUUAGAAAAACUUCUGGAUGAAAUGGAAAAACUAACAGUGGGCGCAACCUGGAUGGCAUUUGAGAUGGUGGUCACGCGUACCAACCCUGACCUGGCCAACUCCAUGAAGUGUUUGGAAGAUGCCUUCCUGAGAUGCAAAGAAGAGAUAGAGAAGAAAUGGCAAGAAGUGCUAAUAGAAUUUAAAGGUGAAGAGCAAAAUAAAGAGUAA